CACUUUGCAUAAAUGCAUAGCCAUAAGUAUAAGGAAUUGAUUGGUCCAUUUCGUUAGGCAUAUGUUUGUGGACCAAUCAAUUUCUUUAUGCUUAUGGCUAUGCGCUUAUGCAAAAGUGUGUGCUCCCCGCUUUAGAAUCAGUUAGAAUAAUUAGAAAUUCGUUUUGAAUAAUCUUGCUUUAUAUAGAAAAGCAAUUGAUAUAUUAUGAAGAAGAUGAUGGAAACUUUAGAUAAAAAAUUUCUUUAUAAUACCGUAUUAUCACAAACGUUUUCUCCCGAUGGAAAUUAUCUUUUGGCUGGCAAUAUUUAUGGAGACGUAUCAAUAUUUGAUUUAUCAAAAAUCUUAGGUCCUAACAAGAUAGAGGAUAAUGAAUUACAAGGACCUAAUUAUCGUUUUGCUGCACAUCCCGAACAGGAAAUUGCAUGCAUGCUCUCCAUUGAGAAUUUCUUGGUAAUAGGAACACGUGGUGAAAUAUCAGGAUGGGAUUGGAAGACAAUUAUGUCGAAUAAAACCUCUAAGAGUAAAAGUUCUUGGAAUAUACAAAUUCCUGCUAAUAAGGAUAGUUAUGAUAAACCAGAUAUAAAUUACAUGGCAUACUCGAAAGCAAAUAAUUUACUGUAUGCUGGUUGUGGUGAUAAUAAUAUAUAUAUUGUAAACUUGGAUGAUGGAAGAAUUUUGAGAAGCAUGCAAGGCCACACCGAUUAUAUACACUGCCUUGCUAUAAUGGAUAAUCAGCUUGCGUCCUGCAGUGAGGAUGGUUCUGUAAGAUUGUGGGAUUUGCGUAAGAGAGAGAAUACUAAUGUAUUAAUGCCUCAUUUAAUAGAUAAAGUUGCUCGACCGCGAUUUGGAAAAUGGAUCGGUGCAGUAGAUUUUACGGAAGAUUGGUUGCUAUGUGGCGGUGGACCUAGUCUAUCAUUAUGGCACAUGCGAACGAUGGAGGCAGCAACAAUUUUUGAUCUCGCUGAUCAGGGGAUACAUGUGGCGGAAAUCUACGAGGAACGCGUGAUUGCCGGUGGUGCGGCCGCCCAUGUUUAUCACAUGACUUACCAGAGUGAAGUCCUGGCCAAAGUACCAACCUCGAGUCUCACUGUGUAUAGUAUAGUACAUCAAGAAACACCACAUAAGGUGCUCUGUGCAGCUGGUUCUUCGAAUUGUAUCGAUAUCAGUACGAAUUUCAAUUAUCGCGAAAUGACGCUUAAAUUUGCGUAAUAUUUAGAAUACUACAAAAUUUUUUGAUAUCAUAAAAAGGUUUUAAUUUCUUAUUAAUUAGAUGGAUAGAACAACAGGUAUAAUUAAUGCCACAAUACGUUUUUUGUUUGUAAUAAAUAUAUUAAUAAAAUAUACAUAUAUAUUUUUUGACAUGUGACACAAUUCUUCUUUUGUACAUAUAUAUACAAAGUAUAUUUGCGCAAUUUCUUUCUCUGUGGUAAAGUUAAUUUACUUGUGCAUUUAUUUCUUUGAUAACGUUUUUUAUAUUUCUAUCUUUUUUUCUUCUCUCCAAAUCCAGAGUAUACAUCUAGUUUGUUUUGAUUUUUUUUUCAUUUAAAUACAUAUUAUAUAAGAAAGUACAAAGAAAAAUGUAAAUGUAAUAAUUUGAUUGAAUUUGAAAAUAUUAAUUGAAAUGUACAUAAUUUCGUUUAAAUUUGCAUGAUUAAUUUUAACGCAUUAACAAAUCAUCUUGCAGUUUAAACAGUUCUAAAUAUAAAUUAAAUGUCUUUUGUGAAUAAAAUUUAAUUAUAUGGUCUAGUUUACAUCGUGCAUUUAAUAUGCGUAUCAAGUACUAUAUUUGUAUCAAAUUCGUAUUAAAUAUUUAGUGUGCAUGAUGUAAACGCAGCUGGAUCAACUUGGUUAGUACGAACGUACCAAGCAAGAGUAUCGUAUUAAACUAAUACGUGUAUCAAAUGAUGCAAAUGAUGAUAUAAACGCAUGAAACAGCUUAGAGUUUCGAAAAGUAUAUAGCAUGAAACAUAAAAUAAAAUAAUUGAUAUUAUAUGCUAAACGUAACUAAGAGGCAAUCGACAUGAAUUAUAUUCGUGUUAUUUUUCUACUUUACUCCGUUCAAUCAUGUUCGAUGUAAAUGCAUCAAUACUAAAGCAUUUAGUGCGUAUCAAACCUAAUACGCGUACUAACGAUUUCAUGAUGUAAACUAGGCCUAUGAAAAACAUUUUUUUCUAUCAUAGUCCCAGAUAGCCAAGUCUGUUCAAACAGAUUUUGUCAAACGUCUGCUACAAAUUUUUGUCAGCAGAAAGACUGCAGACUGUAUACAAAAUCUGUUAUAUCAAAUAAUGAUAGCAGAACAUCAGCUGAAAUAUUACAAAACCUGCUGACAUAAUUUGACAACAGAUCACUUACAGAAACCAAGCAGAAUUUGUACAAAAUUAUUAUAGCAGAUUAGCAGCAGAAAGUGAGCAGGAUCUGUGCAAUGCAAUUUGAUGUCAAAUUGGCGGCAGAAACCGAGCAAGUCUACACAUUUUGAUGGCAUAUUGGUAACAGAAAUCGAGCAGGGCUUGCUAACAUGACGUGAUAUCAGAUUAGCAGCAAAAACCGAGCAAGAUCUGCGCACGCGCAAUCUGACAGCAAAUUGGCAGCAUAAAUCGAGCAGAAUCUGCAAUAAUUUAUUGAAAUAGUAGUUUAUUUGUUUACCGCUAUGCGACGCAGUAUUCACUUUCUAUAUCUCGUAUUCAUAAGUUCUUGUCAUGAGCGUAUAUGA